AUGCAAUUGGAGGUGAUCACAAGUCUUAAUAAAAAGUAUGUGUGCAAAAGCAAGGAAGAAGUUGCUGUACCGGGGAGGUCCUUGCUGAGCUUAGUUAUAUGUCUUUUUACAGGUUCAAGCUCUAGCAAUGACCACCCUCGUCGGGAAGAAAACCCGUUCUCUUUCAAACACUUCUUGAACAGAGAUGUGUCAGGAGGGGCACGCCCGAAAGUGUUCCCCUCUAAAUCCCCUUCUACCCCUCGCCUCAUCGCCAAUCCCGAGCUUACCUCGGGCCUGCCGGACUUUGUCCAAGACCAUCUCGUCAUCGAGCAGUGUUACCUGAACCAGCCUUCCCAGCCAUUGUCUGUGGAUAUGAACAAUUUGGUGGAGUUUGGAUUGGAAGCGUCAAAUGAUGGCUGGAACCCUAGUCGGACAGGGGACUUACCAUUUGAUCUGACAGCUACUAGACAUGAACGACCAGAGUCACCUGUCCUACCACUAGACUUACCAGAGGGUCUGCCUUUCGACCUGCCUGCCACCGGAGGCGAGGUGGGGGCCUCCACCAGCCUGCCCGACUUUCUGUCUGAUGGGCCGAUUCAUAGUGGACGGCGGAACGAUGCAGGACAGCCACCCUCCGAGCCUACCAGCCCCCACAUCCCUCCUCCUCACUCACACGCACAAGCACUGCAGAUGGAGAAUGACAGGUUACGAAGGGACCAAGAAACGCUUCGGAGACAACUUUCAGAUCAAAUCAGGAGGAACGAGUCAUUGGAGUCAGAGUUGAGGAUACUGCGUAGUCGAGACCACGACGAUGCAGCCAGCCUCGAGAACAUGGUGCGGCAAGUUGAGGACAACUUAUCUCGUGCAGUUAAAAGAGCAGAGACUGCAGAAAUGAAAGCAGCUAAACUGAAGCAAGAAGUUAAACUUCUUACGCUGGAAGUAAACGAGCUACGUGGGGUGAGUGGACCGAGCGAUCGUUCGAGCGACCACAGGUUAGCUUCCGAGCUGAGGGCGGCUGUGUCAAGUGCUGAGCACUCUCUCAGGCAAAUGCUGAGUGGAGUGGACACUCUGAGGAUGAUCGCCUCCACUCUGGAGAACAGGCACCGGUUCGAUGAGCAACCAGAGUUCUGUGAACCAGAGAACAGGGAUGACUCUGGACCUGCUCUCUAGUGCACAGAAUGAGCAAGUCUGGACUCAUGUACAGGUGUACAGUUGUGUGUAUUUUGUAAGUAGGUUGCACCAACCCUUCCGCAGCAAUAGGUUUACACACCAUUCUAUUUGUUACAUUAUAAAUUAUUUUGUAAAUAAACACUUUAAAGUAAACAACA